UGGGAAAGAGAAUUGGGUACAAAAAUUAAUUAGUAACAGAAGAAUAAAAUGUUUAAAUUGAUGCACAGGGUGGUGAAUAUGAACACAGUAGAAAUUAACUUUAAAUGUUUGACUAGGUGGUAUUUUACACUGAGUGUGGCACAAAAACAAAGAGAAGAAAUUUCACCACUAUGUUGGAGGGGAUGUGGGGGAAGGGGGACAAUGGCUCAUAUAUGGUGGGAGUGUUUACAAAUACAGGGGUAUUGGCAAGAUAUAAUUCAAUAUAUACAGGAGAUUCUGGGGAUAACUAUUCAAAAGGACAUGUGGGUGUGCCUAUUCUAU